GUUGCGCAGGCGCCGAAGGGAGGACUGUCCUCGGUGGUUAGCGCCUCUAGCCGUUCAGGCUGUGUAGGUGGCAAGGCUAAGCGUGGGAAUAGGCUCUUCUAGAAGCUUCUGAGAGAAGUGUGAGGGCGGCUGUUAGCAGUAGGCGGUCCGCCGACGGGGACCUUCGUGGAGUGGGGAUUGUGACGGAGGGGAUCUGCGUUAACCCUGACAGAAGGGGGAGGAGAGUUGUGUGCUUUUCUUAUACACGAAAGGCUAUUAACUGAACUCUUUUGUUGUUUCAGAGAUCCGUUCAUUAAGAGAAAAACAUUGCAGAAGAGGACUUCAAUAGAUGAAAAUGAUUGAAGUCUUGAUAUUGAAGAUUGAAGACCCAGGGUGCUUUUGGGUCAUUGUAAAAGGAUGCAGGACUUUUGUAGACAGUGAAAUGGAAUAUAAAAAACUACAUGCUGAAAUGAAUCAGUUCUAUAACAGAGAUGUGGAGGAAGUAAAGCCAUUAACAUUAGAAGAAGGGCAGGUUUGUGUGGUUUUUUGUCAGGAACUGAAAUGCUGGUGUAGAGCAGUUGUUAAGUCAAUCCUGUUCUGUGCUGAUCAUUACCUGGCAGAGUGUUUCCUUGUGGAUUACGCCAAGUAUACUCCUGUUAAAACAAAAGACAUUCGGGUUGCAGUGGAAGCAUUUAUGCAACUCCCAUAUAGAGCGAAAAAGUUUAGACUGUACUGCACAAAGCCAGUCACUUUGCGUAUAGAUUUCUGUGAAGACGCUUCAGAAAUAGUACCUGCAAAGAGAUGGGACAGUGCUGCUAUUCAGUACUUUCAAAACCUUCUAAAAGGAACCACCCAGAUUGAGGCAAAGUUAUGUGCUAUAGAAGAUGACAAUUUUGAUGUUUAUCUUUAUGUAACAAUAAAAGAUGAAAAGAUAUGUGUUAAUGAUGAUCUCGUUGCAAAGAACUUUGCUUGUUAUGUGAUGACUAAAGAAAACACAGUUAAUUCUGCCAAAAAUCAAAAGCCAUGGUCCUCAUUAAGUCUGAAGUCUUCUCCAGAGAAAGUGAUCAGUCCUGCACUUGCUCUUUGGCCAAUGUUAAUGCAGGGGAAGGUACACAAUAAUCUUGAAACAAGUGGUGAUGCUUCUAAUUUUUUUCUUGAAAAGACAUGCAGAAAAAUUGCUGCACCUGCUCUUAAUGGAAAAACUGAGUCUACUGUCAGAGCAACUGUGGGUUUCUCUUUGAAGGAAAAUAUAAAUAUUUCUGCACAGCCUACUGUGCAGGUAAACAGGCUCCUGCAGUUUUUGAAUCCUGAUUCUUUGAAAACUGAUGAUAUUCAGUAUGAACAGCAGGAGUUUCAAAAGAUUAAUACAGCACAACCUCCCAUUGUUCUCAGCAACAAAAUAGAGCCAAGAUCAGUUCUUGAAACAACACCACUUUUGGUAGAUCUGAAAAAGGAGCUUCUCCGAAAUAAAUUUCUAGGUCCUAAUCUCACGGAAUCUUACUGUUGGCCACCAAUAGCUCGUGGAUGUGACUCAGUUGUCAUUUCUCAUCAUGGAAAUGAUCCUCUUUUGUAUAUUCCACCAGUUCUUACAUUUUUACGGUCAGGAAGCUGCUACAAGUCACUGCCAACUAGGAAUGGACCAAUAGCAUUAAUCAUAUGUCCUGGGUGGAGGAAAGCACAACUUGUUUUUGAAUUAUUGGAAAAAUAUGGCAGAUGCUCCAGGCCACUUCAUCCAAUGUUGAUAUUAUUAGGACUGAAUAAAGAAGAAGCCAAAAAUGUGAAACUUCAACGAGGAUGUGAAGUGAUUGUAACUACACCACACAGCCUUUUGAGACUGCUUGAACACCAUAGCUUAUUCUUUCUUAGACUCUGUCAUCUUGUUUUUGAUGAGGUUGAUAACUUGUUCUCUGAAGCUAGCAAACAAAUAUUUACUAUAUUAGAGUAUUACAAGAAAACAAUUACUAUUGAAGAGCGGGAAUCGGCACCACAUCAGAUUGUUGCUGUUGGAAGUCAUUGGAGUAAACAUAUAGAACAUUUAACAAAAGAAUUCAUGAAUGAUCCUUACAUUGUGAUAACAGCUAUGGAAGAAGCUUCCAUAUAUGGAAAUGUGCAACAGGUGGUGCAACUUUGCUUGAACUGUGAGAGAAUCUCUGUAUUACUCCAGAUACUGGAUUUUACUCCCAGUAAAGCUCAAAAGACCCUGAUUUUCACUAAUUCUGUAGAUGAAACAGAAAUGGUCUAUAAGGCAGUGGUGAGUAGUUCCAUAUUCUGCUUGAAAGCACACAGAGAAAUUGAAUUUCAUUUCAAAUAUGCUGUAGAGCAAUGGAAAAAAAAUUUUAGUUCUGGCAGCCAUGUUGUGUUAGUUUUAACUGAUGACUGCAUGCCAUCCUUGGGAAUUACUGAUGCAACUUGUGUGGUUCAUUUUAGUUUUCCUGCUUCUCCAAGAGUCUUUGGUGUGCGCUUACACAGCAUGUCUGAUAACUUCCAGAAUGUACUAGAAAAGGGUUCCUCUAUAGAUCAAGUAUACACAAAGGCAAAAUCAAUCUUAUUGCUGACAGAAAGAAAUGGAUGCCAUGCAGUUGGUGUACUGCGUUAUUUAGAACACACAGAUGCUAAAAUUCCACCGGAACUGUGUGACUUUACAGCGGGGGUGCUUGAGGCCAAAGAAGAUAUGAAACUUGCAAGGCCUCUUUGUCAGUACCUUAAAAGAUCUGGUGUUUGCAAGGAUAUGAGAAUAUGUCCAGAUCGUCAUCGGGUUCACUUACAAAUAGACUUACCCCAAGAGAUGUCAGAUAACACUAUACCAAUGGCUGGAUGUGUCACAAUAGUACCUCUCCACAUUGUGGAUGCAACAAACUACUUCGGUCGCAUAAUAGAUAAACAAAAAGAUCAAUAUACAAUUCUUGUUGGAGAGAUGAUUGAGUAUUUUAAGAAAGCCAGGAAUAAAGUGUCAGUUGAAAUGGUGGAGAAACUAGCACUGUAUGGAUUACAUGAAGAAGGUCUUUUUCACAGGGUUCAAGUGUUGGAGAUACCCCCAAAAGAAGAAAAUUGUUUCUUCUGCAAUGUUACUAUCCGGUACAUAGAUGAAGGCAGAACUGGUCGAGUUCAGGUUCAUCAGCUGUUUCACUUACCUACAAGAUUUCAAAUUUUGCCCCCGCAAGCUGUGGAAUUUAUUGUUUGUAGGGUGAAACCUAUUGAUAAUGAAAUCGAAUGGAACCCUAAGGUUACUAGAUAUAUUCAUCACAAAAUUAGAGGAAAACUUCAUGAAGCAAAAAUAGUGCUUGCCUUGGGAAAUACAGUUUGGGUUGAUCCAAUGGUCCGGGUCACCAAGCUUUCAGAGUUGAAGACUUCUAUCAAUGAAUACAAUAUUCGAUCUGAGAUUUUGUCUAUGGGAAUGGGAAUUGACAAUCCAGAACAUAUAAAACAACUUCAAAAGUUGUGUAAACAUGCAAAAAUGUUAGCUCUUGAGGAGAAAACCUUGCAAACUUUAAGUGCGCCGGAGCAGGAUGCGGACAGCCCGCAGAGUGUGCCGGAGAAGGAUGUUGCCAGUCCACAUAGCUUAUUAAUGGGAGAAAAUUUUACAGACAUUUGCAAUAGCUCUCAAAUGACUUUGGAAAAUCAUCAGUGUGAUACUAUAUCUGAACUUAAGAAAGCAGAAGGAUCUACACAGCAUCAUCAUAAAUGUUUCUAUCCAGAAAUAAAAUGGUUUCAAAAGGAAGAUACUGUUACCAUGAAGAUAAAAUUAAGAAAUGUACAUGACUAUAAAUGUGAAUUUUUUGGAGACAAGGUUGUAUUCAGUGCUUUUUCAGGAGACAAAUUUUAUGUGGCUGACAUGGAGUUGCAUGCAAACAUACUUAAAGGAAAGUCUGUUUGUGUGAUUAAGAAUGAAGAACCUGUGAUUAUCCUUGCAAAAGACAAGAAGGAAUUUUGGUGCUGUCUACUAAAGCAUAAGAUUCCUAAUGUGUCUUUUGAUUUUGAACACUGGGAAGAUUUUGAAGAUAAAAGCCCCUUUCCUGUUGGUGCACAAAAAGCAUAUCAUUCUUCUGCAUUGAUAACAGAAGAAAUGGAAGAAUCCUCAGAAGAUAGUGGAACAGAGAGUGAUGACUAGCCAGCAGAUAAAUCUCUAUUAAUCCCUUUUCUUCUCCCAACCCACAAUGAUUAUUAAAGAUUGUUUUGCAGCCCUUAUUCAGAUGAGUAUUUCCUGUAAAUUCCAUGGAACUACUUGCAGAGUUUAAGGGCUUGAGGAUCAAGUCUUUAAUUUUUUUAGUAAAAUAAUAGUGAAUGAUGCCCUUUUAUUGUAUUAAAAUAUGUUGUUUGAUUCAUUUUGGAUACUUGAAUUUGAAAUCUUUUAUACCGUUCAAGAAGAAAGAUUAUGUAUGUUUCUCUCAAUGUUUUUUGUUAAUUUACUUUAAAAUAGCGUUGUCACUUAUUGAUGGUGUACUGUAUAAAAAAACUUUGCUGCCCAGACAGCAAAAAUAAAGAAAAGGACUAAACUGGGUGUGGGGAGCAAAUGAUUGGUUUAGUGGAUUGGUAGUAAGUUGCAGAACUAGGUCACUGAUGCAUAUUUAGUCUGUGUUAACAGUGAUUAAAAACUGUUGCCAUGUUACGAUUCUUCACUGGCCUCAGUGAAAUGAAGUGCUGAUUCCAAGACCAAUUCCUAAUAAACUGAUACUGUAUGUAUGUCACAGAAUCAAUAUAACUUUGACACUACUGGUACAUUUGCUGACAGUUCUGCAUCAAGGUCAGGCUUUAAAUGGGUCUGGAGACUCAACUAACUUCUCAAACCUCCUUUUAGAUUAGAGUUGAGGUAUAUUGAGGUAGUGGGAAAGGUUGCAUUGUUGCUGCUCCUGCUUUACUUGUUCUGUGGAUGGAUGGAUGGAUAGAUAGAGGAUUUAGUCUCUUGAUGUCAAUUUGGUGUCAGAUGGUGCUUUUCAUGAGCAUUAGUUUAGAGAGAAAAAAGGACAAUAAGGAAUAGAUUAAUCUUUCUCCCUUUCACACAGGCCAAUUGUAAGGUCUUGCUGCUCAGCACUAAAAUCAUUACUUACAUUUUAUUUAGCACCUUUCAUCUAAAGAUCCCAAAUCACCCCAUUAAGUAGAUUUAUGUGUGUGUGCGCACACAAUCACACAUUAUUCUUCUAAUAUAGAAGGUAGCAGCCAUUAAAUAGUCCCCAGCAAUACAACACAACUAUUCAGGACAACAAUUGAACAAUCACAGUUAAAACUACAAGGGAAUUUUACCUAGGUGGAAGGCAAUUGUCCAGCUGUGAUUUAGCUAGGAUACCAAGAAUAAUACCUUUACUCUUGAACAUGCUGCCAGGAAUGUGUGGGUGUCUUUACUUCAAGAACCAAGGAAGCUACAGUAGUAAUAAAUUUACACUAGUAAUUAUGUAACAUACAUUUGUAGGGUAAAAUGUAAUAGAAUCAUAAAGAGUAACUACCAGCUUGUUUUGCUUGUCCCAAAUAUUACUUUGCUCAGUGGAAAACUGCAGUGUAAUCGAAGAUUGUAAUCUCUUAAAGGUACUGAGUUAGAUGUAUAUUUUUAAAAAUUAAGACUUGUAACUAUUUUGACAGUCUGAUAUAAAAGGUGGCUUAUACAGUUCAGCUCAGAUUUGAGUACAAGGACUUUCAGAUUUUUAUAUGAUGGUUUUUAAAAAACAUUAAUUUAAAUGUUAUUCAAAAAUAUAAUUUAAUUCUUGCUGAACAUUAUUGUAAAGAUGGAUAUGACCUGACAGAUAAUCUGGAUAAUUCCCUGACAGUGAGAUCCAACUCCGAGCUCUCCUAAUGGAGUCGGUGUUGACCCCGGCACCGGCGCGUCGAGCUGACACUGUGCUGGGCACAUCGUCCUCGGCGCGCAGCAAAGUGCCCCAGGCGUGCCGUCCUGAUUGCGCACCCGGUACCGUGUUGUCGGUGCACAGCGACGACCUGACGAGCCGGCACCGCUCCCCUUCUAAGAAGCAAGGGAAGACUCAGCGGCGCCGGGAGGAAGAUCGGGGUGAGGCUAGACCCGCGUUGGGCAGCCCACGAUCCCCAUCGGGACCGAGACCUCCGACUCGGGUAGAGCGGAGUAGUCCAGUGCCGUCCACGUGC